CCAGAACUCGCUCUGUAGACCAGGCUGGCCUCAAAAUCACAGAGUUGCACUUGCCUCUGCCUCCUGAGUAUUGGCAUUAAAGUGGGCACCAUCAAGCCUGGCUCUUUACUUCCUCUUUAUCUCAAGCUCUCGUUCUCUUAAUACCUAAUGUGUAGAUCAGCUUGGGGUAGAAUCAUCUACCCUUCAUUUUCUGUUGUCAUCACGAUACCCCUUCUGAAUUGUAUCAUGCUAAUUAUGUUUGGUUUUCAUUGGUUUCAAAGUAUAGAAUUCUGGGACCAGAAAUUCUCGAGGGGCUGUUUGGUAUGCCACGGUUGCUCAUGGUUUAUUCAGAUUAAGCCAGAAAGAACAAAAUAAUGCAGCUUGAUCACUGCCUCAGUUUCCCUCUUCUCCUUUCACUUUCAUUUUCUGUGGGUUUGUUGUUUAUUAACCUUCCAGGACCUUUUGGGAAUCCUCUGAUGCUGGCCAUCUUGGCAGGACCAUUUUCACCAUGGACCCAAUGCUUUAUUUAAAGCCCUAGUCCCUACCUUCCUGAAGGGUUCUCAUCAAAGCCAUUCUGAACUUAGGAAUCCACACUGAGUGUCAGGGGGUCACUUGACAUGGCCUCAGUGAAUAACGACGGCAGUAUUGACUUCCGAGAGUACGUGAUCGGCUUGGCUGUCUUAUGCAACCCUGCCAACACAGAAGACAUCAUCCAGGUGGCAUUUAAGCUCUUUGAUGUUGAUGAGGACGGCUACAUCACGGAGGAAGAGUUUUGCACCAUUCUGCAGGCUUCUCUCGGAGUGCCUGACCUUAAUGUUUCUGGGCUCUUCAGAGAAAUUGCCCAAGGGGACUCUGUUUCCUACGAGGAAUUCAAAAGUUUUGCUCUGAAGCACCCAGAAUAUGCCAAGAUAUUUACAACAUAUUUAGACCUCCAGACAUGCCAUGUAUUUUCACUGCCAGAAGACGUCCAGACAGCUCCCUCUGUUGCUAGUAAUAAAGUCAGCCCCGAGAGCCAUGAGGAGGGCACCUCAGGCAAAAAGGUUGACUGAACUAGUGUUCCCAGUGACGGAUGGUGAUACAGGAAAGGUUCGUCGACAACACUGUGAAUGUGCUUAUCCACGAAUGUUGCUCAAAAUAGAAAGCUCUUUUUUUUUUACUAAAAUGACAUAUUUUCUUCCUAAAAUGUUUUUUAUUAACCUGCCUACAUCCAGAAAGUUUCUUUUGUUUUACCUUGUGCUCUGCUGGUUGCGUUGACUGAUGAUAAGUGCUGUAUAUUUUUAAUGAAUUUUUCAGUUUAAUUUUCAUAAUAAAUCCAUUGGUCUUUCUC